AUGCGGCGUGUUUUGCGAGGACUGAACUGGGUACAGUCUCGCGUGGCGCAGGUGUGUUCGCUGCGGUACAUACAACUUCGCGAGGAUCUGCGCAACAUCGCGGUGAUUGCCCACGUCGACCAUGGAAAGACCACGCUGGUGGACAGUAUGCUAAAGCAGUCGGGCACUCUAGUGGAGGCCCGCAACCGCGUGAUGGACAGCAAGGACCAGGAGAAGGAGCGGGGUAUAACAAUUCUCGCCAAGAAUACUGCCGUUUUGCUGCCCAAAAAAACUCCCAGUGAGCCACGGCGUCGCAUUAACAUUGUGGACACCCCAGGCCACUUGGAUUUCUCGGGGGAGGUGGAACGCGCCCUUCAAAUGGUAGAAGGAAUUGUUCUGCUGGUCGACGCCAAGGAAGGGGUUCGGCCUGGUACUCGGUACGUUCUCCGCAAAUCCCUCAGCCUUAACCUCAAACCGAUUGUUUGCCUCAAUAAGAUUGAUAAGGACGACACGAACAUUAAAAAGACGGAGGAGGCCAUACAGGACCUUUUCCUGGAGACCGCUGAGAAUGAGGACCAGCUUGAGAUCGAUUUCAUGUUUGGAUCCGGUCGUGAUGGCUACAUGAAUGAUACACCAAAGAAGGAAGGUACGCUUGAGCCUCUCUUUGAAAAAAUAUUCAGCAUUGUGCCAGCACCCCAGGCCAAAAAGGACGGCGCCCUACAAAUGCUUGUGGCCCAAGUCGAAGUUGAUGAAGCUACGGGGCGUAAAAUUGCUAUUGGCCGCAUUUUUAACGGUACUGUCUGUGUUGAUGAUGUUGUGACCGUUGCUUUGGAAGACAAGGAGGUGGACGCACUUGUCAAAAAUAUUCAGCUCUUCGUCGGGGUUGAGAGGGACAACGUUCAAAGCGCUUCUUACGGUGAUAUUUGUAUUCUUACUCUGCAAGAACCCAUUGGCGAGAAGGUGCCUAUAAAGAUUGGGAGUACCAUCUGCCAACAAGGCGUGGUGGACCGAUUACCGUAUCGCAAGCCCGAUGAGCCCACCUACAGUCUUGUGUUGCAAGCCAGUGAAGCACCGUGGCGGAAAAAAGAAGCAGACGAGCGAAUGGGAACUAUUGCGGCGCUGCAAAAGCGGCUGGAGCGUGAGGCGAUGAUAAACACGGCACUGCAACUUUCAGGUUUGGGGACUCCACACAUUACAUUGAUGGGUCGUGGUCCGCUUCAUCUUUCUGUUAUUGUCGAGGAUAUGCGGCGCGAAGGGUAUGAAUUUGAGAUUCAAGCGCCCCGCAUCCUAACAAAGGUCAUAGAUGGAGUAAACUGUGAGCCGUAUGAGCGAAUACAUUUGGAGUUUCGCGAUGCCCUUGUGUCGGAUGUCGUGUCCUUUUUAAGCAGCAAGAUGGGGGAAAUUGGAGAAAUUACACAGCUGUCGAAUGGGCGUGUGAUAAUGGAUUGUGUCAUGCCCGUUCGCUUCAUGUCUCAAGUUCCCCUGCGCUUCCACACGCUGACAGGGGGGGACGGUGUGCUUAACCACAGCUUUGAGGCAUACCGGCCCAUGACCUCCGUCGACACAGCACGCGAGACAGGCGCGCUGAUUUCCGUCGAAAAUGGUGAGGCGACAGAGUGGUCGCUCGCUGGACAGGCGCAGCAAGGCCGUUUCUUUGUCGUGCCGGGCGAUAUUGUCCACUAUGGCCAAAUAGUGGGGGAGAACAGCAAGACACUCUAUCAAAAUCUUGGAAUAAAUGUCUGUAAGCGCAACGAGCAGCUUGGCGGGCUGCGUUCGAACGCCAACGACAAGUCAAACCGAAGGAGGUCCUCCUUCACCGCAUUUCGUGCCACCUUUGAGGACUGUGUUGCAUGGGUUACGGAUGACGAAUUGGUUACGGUGACACCAAAAUCCAUUCGCAUGCGGCAGCCUAAUUUCAAUGGCAAGACAACAAUGCGGAAUGCUGCCAAGAAGAACUAA